UUCCGGCGACUUAGCCAGUGGUACGGCCGUCCCCCGCCCCAUCAUGCGAGGGUUCUGGAGCCAAGUGAUUACCCUUGCGGUAAUUCUACAAAUCGUUCUAGUAUCGGGCAAGGCAAUUCAACAAGAUCAACAAACACAGCAAAAGUUGAAGCCGGGUUCUCAAACAAAAACAGCGCAGAAACGUGUAGGGUAUGACUAUCCUGCACCUUCCCAAGAUCUUGUAAAUCCAUUCCAAGAUCAAGAUGAUUACGCUCAUGGGAAUCACCACGAUGUGAUUGACCACGAUCACCACGCUCACCACGACAUCCAUGGAGACAUUGAUGAUCACCAUGACCACUAUGAACACCAUGAUCAUCAUGAUAUUCAUACAGAAGAGCACCAUGAUGACCAUCAUGACCAUCAUGACCACCACGACCCAGGAUACUGGAAAAAGAAGUUAAUUUGGAAACCUGGAUGGAAGAAAAUUUGGAAGCCAGCUAAAAAACAAAUUUGGAAGCCAUCGUGGAAAAAAAUUUGGAAACCGAUUUGGGUGCCAACAAAAGUACCAGCUUGGAAAGAAAUAAAAGUCCCAGAUUGGAAAAAAGUAUAUAAACCAGAGUGGAAACCGAUCAAAGUUCCAGCAUGGAAAGAGGUGAAGGUACCUGAUUGGAAAAAAAUUACUGUUCCAGUGUACAAAGAUAUAGUUGUACCAGGGUGGAAAGAUAUUAAGGUUCCAGCAUGGAAGAAAGUUUGGGUACCCAAAUGGGUUAAAGUAGGUGUACCUGGAGAAAAAUACUUAGGAAAAGAUCAUGAUGGUUGGGAAUAUACGUCGCACGAUCUUUGGAAGAAAAAACUUGUUUGGAAACCAUUAUGGCAGAAAUAUUGGAAGCCAAGCAAAAAACAAAUAUGGAUUCCGGAUAAAAAGUUAGUGUGGAAAGAUGAAUGGAAGCAAAUAUGGAGAACAGAAAAGAAACAAAUUUGGGUCGAUGAUAAAAAGCUUGUAUGGAAAGAAGCCUGGAAACAGAUAUGGAAGCCAUCCAAAAAGCUAGUUUGGAUUCCCGACAAAAAAUUAGAAUGGAAAGAGGCAUGGAAACAAAUUUGGAUUCCAGAUUGGAAGCAAAUUUGGGUACCUGGAGUAAAAAAGAUUUGGAAGCCAGUGUGGAUCUCGGAGUGGUUCCCUUCUCCUGAUCACCAUGAACAUGCACAUGAAUCUCACGGUUGGGAUAAAAGUGACAAUGUCACAGCUAAUAGCCAAAAAUCAGUCGCCCAAGUGCCAGCGCCACAGCAACAAAAACAAGCAACAUGGCAGUUUCCUAAAUAAUUUUAAAAAAUCAUUAUUCUAAAACAUACAGUAUUGUUUUGUGUAAAUAUGAGUCAAAUAUCGAGUCGUAAUUGUUAUCACUGUUAUCGUCUCUUACUUGGUAGAGAUAUUUAAAUCAAUUUUUAAAUAUGCAUCUGGAUUAUGCUAUUUGGUUUUCAACAAUCAACAAUACCUAAUAAUUGAAAUACCAAAUGAUAUAUAAAGAUAUGUUAGAUAACUGACAAUUUCACCAAACUGCUAAAUUGAAUUGGUGUUAAUAGAUAAACUCAAUCUCAAGAGAAUUGUUAGAAACUGUGGUGCCUAAUCCAGGCCCUUAUGUCGCUAUCUGUGGAAACUUCACAUCACGGCUGCACGCUUGGGUAGUUAAUUCUCAUUUACCUGUACACUUGGUACUUAACUACUUUUUAUGCGAAGCGGAAAUUGUUUUUUCUUUCUACACACUCCUUCAUUACGACAAUUUAAGUUUAAGUAAUAGAAGAAAGCUUUAAAAAUCAAAAUCCCUAUUACUUUCAACGAUACGGAUGAAAUUAUUUAGUGACCAUAAUUAUAUUAAGGCUGAAGAUAUGUGUGCUUGUGUAUAUAAGAAGUUUGCUCGUUCGUACAAACACUAGUACAAUCUCUGUCCAUACCCACUGAUGCUAUGUGUUUUGUUGAUACUUGUAUAAGUUUUAUUUAGUUUUUAAGUUUUUAGUCAUAACU